AUGGGCAACGGGCGGGCGCUGGUCAUCGGUGGAGACAGAGACAGACCCUGGGGAAGAAAGAGUUUGAGCUUUGGACGGGCGGCGGAGAGCUUCCAGCACAAGCUUGUUGCUUCCUUCCGAAGCGUCAGGCGGAGCGGGUUGGGGGCGCAAUCAGCGCAGAAUGGAAGUCCGUUGUAUAGGGCACUGCUGCUGCUUCCGAACGAGUUGCUUGUGCAGAUAUUGUGCGAACUCUUCGUCGCGGAUAUACUGGCCCUUCGUAGGGCGUCGCGAGCACUGAACGAACUCGUCACAGCAUGCGGUCCAGCUUUGGUCCGCUUCUGGGUCAAGCACAAGAUGGGAACGCUUCACACCCGACUCUAUCCACCCCCAAGGACUAAUGAGGCCCAUUUGCAAUACCUUUUGGCCAUGCGGCGACGACACAUCGCUUCCAUACGGUUGACUCGGGAGCUUGCUACCUUUGUGCUGAAAGACACGCUUCGGCACACCAACCAGCGUCAAAAGCAGAUGUGGGCUUCCGUGUACGAGAAGAUGAUACCGCUUGUGUUCGGUGUAGGAUACUUUCUGGAAGAGCACCGACGCAUUCUAUUAGAGCGGGAUCUUGGCCGCAUCCGCCCGCGCUCUCACAUUGGUUAUGAUAUCUGUACGACACCCGGUAUCACGAACCAGGAACGGAAGAUACUGAAGAAACUCGAUCGGCCCUUGCGCUUGCACUUCUUCUACAUGUUCUGCUUCAUCCUGCAGGUACUCAUGCGGAAGCUGCGGCCACCCACGUAUGCUGGAUCUGUGGAAAAGGUGUUCCGUGGCUGGCACGGCAAGCCGGCGUGUGUAGAAGACAUUGCCUUUGUGUUGAUUCUUGGGGGUGUUGGCGCGGUUGCGAAACUGCUUGCCUGCCAGAACUACAGCGAGCGAAGACGGCUGCUGCAUUCCUUCAUCACUCGUCUGUCGCCGCACGAAAACGUCCGAUGGCGAGAACACUGGAGAGACGUGGGCGUCACGUCGCAUGCGCUGUUGGACGACAUCCCGUGCAGCAGUAUUGGUAUAACGCAGCUGGACCAGAUCUGGACGCCGCUCAUCGUAGAGGGCAUGAGCGCACAAAGCAUGGAGUUCACGCAGCACGAGAAAGAUGGGUACGAGGACGUUGUGGCUUCGCGGAACUUCCUCAACGAGCUCAUGGGGUACGACAUCCUUCGCGGUCGUCCUCCAGACGAAGAUGAUUCCGACGAUGGAGGUGGCAACGACAUGUAG